AUGUCCCUUAUCUCCGUCGUCCACGAAUUUGCAGUUUUGUAUUCUUCGAGGGUUUAUCAAAGAGACAAAAAAUGGAGUGACGGCCGCCUACGAUACUAUGAGCUCAACAAUAAGCUAGAAGUCUUAAGUGAAGAUAUGUUAUUGGUCGGGAGUGAUUUUUAUCCGCACCAAGCACGAAAACCGAUUGAGAGUGGAGUCUUUUCGGAUGGAAGUGAAUACACCUUACCUAAUGGAAAGCUAAUUUUAGAAUUCAAUGACUAUCUUGGAAGCUUUGAGCGUGACUUAUCGAACGUUUUUGCAAAGAAA